AUGGAGCCCACCAGUGCUCAAGCGCUGCCUGCGCGCAUAAAGCGUGAACGUUCGCCUGAACCUGAGGUUCCGCCGGAGGUCACUGCCAACAAGCGCCAGGCUGGCGAGACAUCCGCUGUCGCGCGUGCCCCUGUUCUGUUCCGUUGGAGAACCUGUCAGGAACUCGACGAUGUCGAAAGGCUUAAGAUUAAAGAGAAGGCUGUGAAGCUGGCUGACGAGCAUUGUGGCCGAAUUCGGGCUGUGCUUGAACAUUUUCUCAGCACCUCAAAACUCGACCACAUAGACGUCAUUGUGAUGGGACAACAGAUCAUAGAGGAGUGGCUCAAGGAGUAUGGUCGCAUUCGUUACAAGCGCAAGAGUCUUCGCAUUCUGGUGGGAGUCGAAGGCCCUACUGGAGCAGGAAAAUCGUCUUUCUUGGGUUCUCUUCUCCGAAUUCCGGAGCUGUUCCCUUCAGGACAAGAGUCAGCAGCAACUGCAGUCGUUGGGAAAGUAUCCUGGAACUGGGUGGAUGCCCCCGGCUUUGAGUUCAGGGCGAAGGUCAUCUUCCGCAAAAAGACGGACGUCCAAGAAGAGCUCGAGGGACUAUUGCGAAACUUAACGUAUCUGGCCAAACUUUUGGCUGGCAAUACUGAAGAUGAGGAAGACGAUGGAACUGGCCAGGCCGACAAUAUCGCUAUCACUAGAGAAGCCAUCGAUCACGAACUCCCGAAGGUCUACGCCGUGUGGGGCUACGAGGAGGGUUUUCUUUCAGAAGCCGUGAGCGGUUUGAAUCUAAACUCAACAUACACCCAAAUGGUUGAUGCGAUUCUGAAUUCUAACUCUAAGGCUCUAUCUUUUCUCACGGCUGGCACUGCUUGUUUCAACGCGACGACCGCAGAGAAGCUCGCUGAGGAAAUAAAGCCUUUCCUAGACUCAACUACCGUGGAACAUGGUGGAGAGAAGCAGUUUUCUGCGUGGCCAUUGGUGAAGGAAGUUCGCAUUUACACCAAGGCUAAUGUUCUAAAGCCAGGAAUCACCCUGGUCGACCUUCCUGGAUGCGGAGAUGCUGUCGGUAGCAGAUCUGAGGUCACCGAGAACUUCGCCCACCGUCUCGACGUGAGGAUGGUAGUGAGCCCCAUCAUACGUGCCGCAGAUGAGAAGCAAGGCCAAGUGCUCAUGCAGAAUGGGUAUGAUGAAGCGCAGAUGAGGAUCGCUGGUAGAUUGGACGGAAACGGCUUUUGUGUCAUCAUGUCAAAGAUGGAUGAUAUGAACGUUGAAGUCUACAUUUCAGGUUGUCCAGAUUUACGCCGCGACCCCGAAGUACUUAAGAAACAGGCACAAAUCGAAGACCUGAAGAAAGAGUCGGUCGACAUCAAGCUCAUCCUCAGAGAACUUAAAGACAAAAAAAAGAAGGCAGAGAGCGCCAAGAAGAAGGCAAAAAAAGCAUAUAAGCGUGCAAAGAAGAAGUUUAAAACCCAGCUGAAGAAAAACCCUAGCACAAACGGGGACCAUUUGUCCGAUCUGAAAAGAUUUCGAGAUGAGCAAGCCCAGGCCUUCGAUCAAGCGAGCAAAGAAUUGAAACAGUGCGACAAGCGCCAGUCAAAAAUUACGAAGGAGAUGUCGUACAUUAGAGACUGGCUGCACCAUCGAGCAAUCCAGACUCGAAACAAGCGGGUAAAGCAACGCAUUCGGGCUGACUUUGACAGAAGACAGCGAAAUCUCGACGACCGCGACAACGUUAGACAAUCUCAAACCGAGGGCGAAUACGUUCUUCCCAUCCUGCCUGUAUCUACCAGGGCAUUUUGGGAACUUGAGAAGAAUGAGCUGAAAAUGCUGGGAUUUCCCAGUCAAGUGUUCACUGGGGUGCCAGCUGCAGAACAAUAUUUGCAUCGAGCAACCCUCAAGAAGCGCGAGAAGCAUCUUGAUGAGCUGCUUGACCGGUACCAAAAUUUGAUGACCAUGAUGCAGAUCUACUCUGCACCAAAUGGCCAGGAUGGUCGUUUCGACUUCACGAGGUCCGAAGUCGAGAAUGCUCUGGCUAACACCCACGCCACCUACAUGAAAAAACUCAGCACUACCCUCUCCGAGGCUAGUGACCAGAUCAAGAAGCUGGAUCCUUUAGAACGCCGACAGCAUGCGUUGAAGAAUUUCCUCGAAGAAGCGCCUCGAAUUGUCCAAAAGUGGUCUUACAAGUUCCCCGAUGAGGUGAACAAUGUCGAGAGAAUGCACUGGGCCACCUAUGCUGCCAACAUUUCUCGCAAUGGUACCAAAUUCAGGAGCCAUGCACCUCCACGUGUGACGUACACGUGGAUGGAUCAUUUGGCUGAGCCUGUGAUGAAGACUAUUUGUAAAGACUGGGACGACAAGAUGAACAAGCAACUGCCUCUCAUCAAAACUCCCAUGAUACUGGGCUACACGUGCGUAUUCACGGCGUAUCUGAACGAGAUUCAGAAAGUCAUAGGCGAGAAAGUCCCAUCGUUGGAGUUCAGUUACAACAACAUGAGACCCAUCCUUGAGAACUCACAGCAUGCCACCGAAAUCAAGAUUCGCGAUGCACUCACUCAGCUGGCUGAAAAUACAGCUACUGUGGCAUUUGAUGUUUCAAAGUUUCUCUCUAAUGAAUGGAAACCAGUCUUUCGAGUCGCUAUGCUGGACAGUGGACAAGGUUCUUACAAGCGAAGAAAGCAAACGAUCCAGGAAAAGAUCCAAAAUGACUGCCCGACAAUGGGUGGCCAGAUGAUCAAACGUCUCCGACGAGGCGUAGAAAAAGAAAUCGCCACACUGCCAGUUCGAUUAGAGAAUAUUGUCACUGAGGAGGUGACCAACGUUAAACAGCAAAUGUCCUUCCUUGUCAACAAUCUUGUUGAGAACUGUAACACCAAUCCAAAGAAGAAGCUCAUGAAAGCCAAGCUACAGGACAUGAUCCGCCCUCAUGUCGAAGCUUGGGAAUCUAUCUGGGCCGAGGAAGGGACCUACGAUGAGCAUAUCCUCGAUGUGAACCUCAGCAUCCCAGACUCUGUUCCAGAGCCUAACAUGGAUGACGACGAUUCAUCUGAUAAUGAGGACUCUGGCUCUGGCUCUGACUCUGACUCUUCUGAGGAUGAUGCUGACAAGGGCGAAGGGGGUGAUUAG